UUUUGACGGCAUAUUCGGAAUCCGGAAGUAAAAACAAAUGUGACGUUUCUUGUGGAUCUUCACGAAGAUGACACGGGCCAAACCAGAGGAUGACGAGUACUGGACCAGAUCAAAAUUAAAAGCUUUCACGUUUGAUGAUGAAGACAAUAAGUUUUCACAGCUAAAAGAGUCCAAACAGGCUGUGAACAGCAUAUUUGAUGAUGAUGAGGAUGAUGACGAAGAUGAUUUUGAGAGAAUAAACUGGAGUGGAGAACCUGUGGGAAGCAUCUCUUGGUCAGUCAAAGAGACUGCAUCUAGUGGCCAUUCAGGCAGUGAACAGGGUUUCCCUAAAAUAGAUACAACCCCUUCACUGUCCAAAAGGGGAUCUGGGUACUCGCUGAGCUCUCUGUUUAAAGCAAAAAGUAAAUCUAGUGGUUUUCAGUCCUUCUCAGAGUCUUUUAGUGACACGUCUACAAGAACAUAUGCACCAGACCUGCGAAAGCCCAAGUCUGAUGCAAAGGAUUUUGUCAGUGACCUGAAUCCUGAGGAAACUGUGAGGAGAAUGAGGAAAGGACGGGGAUACUCGCUGGAAAAGUUUCGCUCUCUACAGGACAAACUUUUGCUUCUGGAUGAAGCAGUAGCUCUUUAUGAUGGCAAUGUCAUCACUGCUGUCUUGAUAUAUUUAAAAAAGUCCUUAAAUAAAGAAAUCCUCUGGAGAGAGUUAAUGUCAAGAGAUGUAGCGCUGCGUCACUAUCUUCACUAUUUAAAAGAGAUGGGAGAACAGAAGCUUCUAGUUGAGUUACUAAGGGCUCUUGGCAGGACAGAAGAUAUGGCUUUAAUGCACUACAAGGAACACUUAAAUAUUAAGGAUGAAGGCAAAAGAAAAGAUUUCCUCAAAAGUUGCAUCAGCCUUCCUUUCUCUCAAGAUGAUGCCACUCACGUUCAAGACCACUAUACACUCCUCGAGAGACAAAUCAUCAUAGAGGCAAGUGACAAGAACGCAGAUGGUGAAAUUUUUAAAAGGUUCCCUAGAAAAGCAUCUAUCUUAAAUAUGCCAAUCAUCACAACACUUUACUACUCCUGCUUCUACCAUUAUGGAGAGUCUGAGGGAACUUACAGCAGCCCAGCGAACAUUAGAAAAACGUUUAGGAUCUCAGAAAAGCAGUACAUACUAACAGCUUUGGGCGCAAGAGCGAAAUUAAAAUUAUGGUUUGAUGUGGACAGUUUGUUCAACACCAAAAACUGGCUUGGAUACACCAAGAAAAAAUCCCCCAUUGGCUUUCACAGAGUGGUGGACAUCCUACAGAAGAACAAUGCACCUAUAUCGGUCCUGCAGGAGUAUGUGAACCUCAUCGAUGAUACAGAGCUCAAGCUCAGUACGGCUCUGAAAUAUAAAUGCCAUGACAUCGUCAUCAAUACGUACAGGGACAUGAAGGACCGACAGCAGCUUGCUGCAUAUGGAGGAAAGCUGGAGCGAGACUCUCCUGAGUACAGGAAGAUGCAAGCAAUUCUCAAUAAUGGGCAAAUCAAAUGGAAAAACUGACAUGGACCACGACACAAAGCAGCAGUAUGCUUUUAUAAACAACUUUCAUAGACAAUAUUACACAAAACCAUAUUCAGCUGCUUACUAUGGAGCCUUAAUGUUAAGGCUUGACAACCAGGACUGAGAGACCUUCAACUUUUUCACUUCAACAUCUCCAAGGCAUCAACACCUAUAUAUCUUGCAAAUGUAUCAAGUGUGCUCAAAAUGAAUGUGAAUCUGGCAAGUGUCCUUUUGCCAAGUGUA